UUAUGUAUUGCAGUGAUUCUGUGAAUAAAUAGGCUACUGAAUCUAACCAAACAAUUUAAUGAAUGGUUUUCGGAGUCUACGUGAACAAUAGGCUACAGAAUACUGAUAGCAGUGUCAGUACUGCAUCUUGAUUUGUAACCAGAAACAGAUUAAUAAAUACCAAGUAACAAAAUUUGUGGAAAAUUCUGAUUUUUAAAAUGGGAGGAAUUUAUCUGAAGGAAAAUUUGGAAGAUCUUUUGAGUGGAAAAUAUGUUUUGCUGCUCGGUGAUUCCGUGCAAAGGAGUGUCUAUAAAGAUCUCGUGGUUCUAUGUCACGGUAAUAGGUUUAUGGCACAGAGUGAGCUGCGACAAAAGGGUGAAGACAGCUUUUUGGGUGACGAACUCAUUCAUCGAAGUGAAUUGACCAAUGGUGUACAUUAUAGAGAAGAAAGGGAAUAUAAGAAUAGGAAAUUUCAUUUUAAGUUUCAUUUUCUUACCCGUGUAUAUAAUAAAUAUGUGGAAUCUAUUUUGAAAGAUAUUGAGAAAGGGAGAACGGUUUGCCCUGACGUUUUGGUUCUCAAUUCAUGUUUAUGGGACAUCAGUAGGUAUGGCGACAAUUCAAUGAAUGAAUACAGAGAGAAUAUUGAAAAAUUAUGCAAACGCUUGAAGGAAAUGUUACCACAUGACACAUUGGUUAUUUGGAGAACUGCAUUACCAGUUAGUGAAAACAUGAAGGGAGGAUUAACACCAGAUGCUGAAAAGUUCAGAGAUUUAUUGAGAUUAGACAUUCUCAGAGGAAACUAUUUCGCUUAUAACAUUGUUAGUCGUUACAGUUUUGAUGUUUUAGAUAUGCAUUUUCAUUUCCGACAUCAACUUCACAGACGAGCUAAUGAUGGUGUCCAUUGGAAUAUGUAUGCUCAUAGACGAAUGACUAAUCUUUUGUUGAGUCAUAUAUCACGAGCAUGGGAUAAGGAAUUACCUUUAUUGCCAUGGGCAGACAAUUCAAGAAUAGAAUUCGAAUUUGAUGAUAUUGAAAUGAAUACAACAAAAGUACUCAAGCAAGCAUAUGAACCAAUUUCUGGAUGGCGACGUUCUUUACCACCUCUGAUGGAAAUUCCUCCUAAAAUGCGAAACAGAAAUAGUGGAAUGACAAAUGCCUUGUCAAAUGUACCAAUUUAUUCUCAAAAAGAUUAUUCGAACAUGUACUCUACACCUGCAGAAGAAGAUUAUGAUGCGUCUGAUGGUGGAAUGUACCAGUUGCUGACUCAGGAUCCAAUAUUUGAUCGAUCUCACAGGCUUCCAACAUCGCCAUAUCCUGCACAUCACCCGUUUCAUACUGUCAGUAGGCCACACGGACAUCUAUCAGAGCAUAAUCCUAACUUGGAAGUUGGUCCCAUGCGACAUGUAAAAAAGUGGUCAUCUAGGAAUGCAAAUGCUAUAAGACAACAAGGAAAUGCUACUGACAGAAUAAAGAUGCGAAUUCAGAAGGAUAGAAUGCAGGCCAGGAGAUUACCACCAUCUCGAAAUAUAUCAGAAAAAUAUUAUGAGUCUCCUCGAGCUUCUCGACAUAUCCGCCGGAGCCGACCUGAACCGUUGCCUAGGCAGUACAGAGGCAGUUACGAAAAUCACUGGUCUCAGUUUUCCCGACAUCAUCCUCAAUAUACGUCUUAUGAUGACAGAUUUCAACAGGAUACCUUAUUUUGACUAUCUAUUAGUCACUAUCAAAAAAGUAAGUAUGCCUAUUUCGCAGAAUUCUCAAAUUCUGUUAAGGUUACUAAAAAUCCUAAUUGUUUCGAGGGUGAUUGGGAAACUGUAAAUAUAAAAAAUGGUGAUUUUGCAAAUGGUGAUAUUCAUUUAUUUACAUAUGUUUGGCAUUUGAUACAAAAAACUGAAAAUGAUGUAAUAAUAACAAAAGUGAAAAACAACUUCUUUUCAAGCGCCUGCGUUUGCGUUAUGUUAGGAAUUGUGAUGUACUAUUUUGGUAUUUCAUGGGAAUUGUCAUCUGCGAAUGAAUUUGUAGAAUUCUUUAACGUAUUUCAUUUGCAACAAAAUCAUGAUGAAAUCUGCUCAAUAAAAUGUACAUAAUUUUGCAUAAGUCAUAAUUUUGUUGCAAGAAUAAAACGGGAAUAACAGUACUUUUAUGUGUGAAAUAUUAUUUUCGUUGUGUUCAGUGUGUUAGUGAAAUGUAUACAUGCUCUGUUAUUAUUCAUCCAAUGGUGGUAUUUUUGAAAUGCUUGCAUAUGAUGUGAUUGUAUAUGAUUCUACUCUUCAAAAUUUAAGAAGAAAAAAAGGUUCACUUACUGUUGUUGAAUUUUGUGAAAACUUUUUUUUUAUGUAUUUUUUUCGACUCACCCAUGACAUGUAAAAAUUUUGUUUGCUACAUAAAUUAGGGUGCAUUGACUGCAUGGAGUUUUUGCAAAAAUCUACUGUGAACAAGUUUGUAUCUAUUUCUGUAACCAAUUCCACAGCGGUUUGGUGCAAAUUUCCAAAGCUGCAGACCUAUAAUUCUUAUUACUUACAAUUAUUCUGAUUUAUAAAAUUGUGCAACAUUUUGUAUUGCUAAGAAGCAUUCAAUCUCCUUACGAUAUGUAUUUGGUCAGACCGCAGUGCCUUAAAUUUAAUUGUACAUAGCUAGCCCUCAUGUAAAUUGCAGACAGUGUAAAAAAAAAAUUUCACUUCAAUUCUUCAUUCUGUUUUUUUUUUCUAAUUAUUAUCACCAUAACCAAUACUUAAUUUAAACAGUGAUGCAUCUGUCAAUAUUCACUGCAAUUUUUAUAUGUUCUUUAUGCAACUUGCUGUUUUCGUUGGACCAUUCAAACUCCUGGUAUUCAGAAUAAAUCGUGUCACAGCGAUUUGUUCACAGUAGCAUAGCAGUUGCUUGAGAUUCAAAAUUUAUGACCGAAAGGAAUUGGCGAUCUAUAAAAUGGUUGCCCGGUAUACCUUUCUAUGUGUACAUAUUUCAGUGUUUUCUUAUAUCUGUAUUUCUUCCUUGCCCUAUUUCAUUUUGUAUGCAAUAUCUGCUCAUUUCCUUAUCUUUAAUCUGAUUUUCUGGAGCAAGGGUGCUACUCCCAACAUUGCAUUUUCAUUGUGCUAAACUGGAUCUUCACCCUUAAUUUUCCUCCCCAUUUCUAUUUUUGAAUAAAGCUUGUCUGAUAUGUGUA